AGUCGGACUACAGCCCGAUCGCCCGGCGCACUCCAUGGCUCCAAGCCCCGAAGGAGGGCUUGGCUUCCGCCUUCCGGUUCUACUUUACGUGUUCGUGUUUACUUUACGAACAAGGCCCGCGACGGUUACACUGAACUCGCUCGAUCACGGCGUCGGGCCCUCGGUGACAAGCUGACAGCCCCCGCCCCAACCCCCGCCGCCCGCAACCGCCGAUGCCUGCCUGGCCUGCAAUGGCGAGGCCGUCGCGCCAAAACCCGACCCAUGCCUCCGUCACAUCCCUGCGCGGCUUCGUGGGACGCUCGCCGCACCCGCCUUCGCGCGCGUCGGCGGCGUUACGGCGAGCGGCGGCGGUGCUCCUCCUCGCGGCCGCAGUGGCGCUGCCCUGCGCCGUGCUGUACCGCGCCGCCGUGGAGACUACGAAGCCCAUAUAUGUCCCGCGUGUGCACCGGCCCUUAUUGCCUGCGCCGCCGCUUCCUCCGGUUCAAGUCCCCGAGGAUGACGGCGACUUCGAUCCUUUGCCUGUCGGCGAUCUGGACAGCGAAGAUCUCAGACUAGAACUGGUUCUGCAGGAGGCCUCCAUGGACAAUAAGACCAUAAUAUUGACAACCCUCAAUGCUGCAUGGGCUUCGCCGGGCUCAGUGAUAGAUCUUUUCAUUGAUAGUUUUCGGCGUGGUGUUGGUACUAGUUCACUCUUGAGGCAUCUUGUGAUAGUAGCAUUUGAUUUGAAGGCGUAUGAACAAUGUGUCAAGAUCCAUCCCUACUGCUUUGCUCUUCCAACCAAGGAUGUGGAUUUUUCUCAAGAGAAGAGGUUCCAGACAACUGGGUAUCUGGAAAUGAUGUGGAAAAGGCUGGACUUCUUGCGGCUUGUGCUUGAAAAAGGUUACAGCUUUGUUUUCUCGGAUGCUGAUAUCAUGUGGUUCCGCAAUCCAUUUCCCCACUUUUAUACUGAUGGAGACUUUCAGAUUGCAUGUGAUCACUAUGUAGGGAAUGCGACUGACUUGAGGAACAUAGCCAAUGGAGGAUUCAACUAUGUGAAGUCAAACGAUCAAAGCAUAGAGUUCUACAAGUUUUGGUAUUCUUCUCGAUUUAGAUAUCCUGGGUACCAUGAUCAGGAUGUAUUUAAUUUUAUAAAGCAUGAUCCUUACACCACAGACAUUGGUCUAACAAUUAAGUUCUUAAGUACUACAUACUUCGGCGGCAUUUGUGAGCCAAGCAGAGAUUUAAACAAGGUUUGCACCAUGCAUGCGAACUGUUGUAUUGGACUGCACAGCAAGAUCCAUGACCUAAGAAUCAUGUUGGAAGACUGGAGUAGCUAUAUGUCGAUGCCACCAAGCUUAAAGCAAUACAAGGCAUUGUCAUGGAGGGUACCACAAAAUUGCAGUCUUUCGUUACUAAGCCCAUGAGGAUUGCAAAGUAGAAGAAUACAACCAGUUAAAUACUGCAAAACAUGUCAGCUUUUGAACAUAUGUUUUUGGAAAGAAGAAACACUUCAAAGGAACAGAUGGUGCAUAAUCAAACAUCAAGCAUCAACUCUGCGAAUUUGAUGCCAUUAACCAAUACUACCAAUUAUGUGCCAUUAUCUACCUGGAUCAGCAGCCACUCAUGCCUUGGUUUCAGACUUUGUGGUCAAGAGUACCUAGGGAGGAACCAGCUCAGAGGACUUGUCUGCAGAGCUAGGAGGAUUUCACUCAGAGGACUUGAUCUCAUACACCCAGGUUCUUCAGGAAAUGACACUGUCAUCACCUAGGACCAGAUAAAUCCUCCAAAGACUUGUUUGCAUGUUUUUUGCCUUAUCUGGAAUCUGAAACCAUAUUUCAGGAUCAAUUUUGAUGGCCUCAGGGCAAUAUCAGCAGAGGAAAAGGAAAACUCUUCAUGCAUCUAGUUCAGGUAUUUAGUUGGUAUGAGGAUCACAUGUGUCUGCACUUGGUCUUGAUCAGGAUAUCAGGUCUCCCAUAGUAGUUCUUCAACGAAGUGCUUUCCUUGCAAGGGCUUCCUCACCUAUUUGGUCCAUCAACACCAUCUUGGUACCGGGCCUUUCUAAUGGGAUGACUCAUACUUGUGUCAACCCUUGCAAGAGCAGCAAUAAUCAAUCCCCUUCUCUUCAGUGGUCAAGUGAUCAGGCAUGCCCUCCCUCUCCCUGUUGCUUGGCCUUUGCCUGGAUGACUCCUCUGUACCAUCCACUCAUGAUCCAUCCUCCAACCCUUUCCAGGAUUGUUCUGUCUCUCAGUCCUCUACUUCUGUCAGCUAUCCUCAUCCUCAUCACACUAGUCCCUCGUAUAUGAAAUCCUGCUAGCUCUGCAGACAUCCAUGACUGGAGACUUGGUAUUCCCUAUCAGACACAUGCCUUUCCCACUGAAAUUUCUUCAAUGCACUCUCCCGUCUGCUUCUAGCUCAUCUAAACCAAACUCAUAAAACCUCAGUCGUAUCAACAUGGAUGUACAAAAUGUGCUCCCUCCCUGGGUGCCUCUUGUGUGAGGGAACUUCAAUAUCAAAUUGUCCACCCUCGGUUGGCAAAGUAAUCUGUAGAUACACUUGAGAGGGAUUUUGUUUGGGUUCUUCACUUAAGUGCCCACUUUGAACACAACAAAGGACCAACCACUCCUAGUAAUGCCAUCGACACAGUGGACAACACACUCAUCAGUCAUCAGAAUGUUCCAGGCAGGGUCAGGAAGAUCUUCCACGGUGAUCUUGCAGUAGUAAGUAAUAAAUAUGCUUCCUCCAUAGGCCUCAUGGACCCAUGCACUAAACUGCAGAGAAACCUUGCCAAUACUUGACCUUUCCCUUCGCUCAAUCCUCCUCUUAUCCGUGUAUUACUGGAAGUAGACAACAAAGGGAGUGUACUAAGUUUUGUACUUUACUAUGGCUUCUUUGUUGAUGUCGAUGGUCCUGUAGAUGAUGUUCUUGACCUCCUAAUCCCCUGCAGGCCUCUCCCCAUUAGUGUCAACCACCACCACCAACUGCUCCUCCAGCGCCAGCUUUCUAGCAAAGACCUCGGGGAUCAUCUCAGCAGUCCUGAACAUAUCUUCUGGUGACUGAAAGGCUCCUCCCCACACACACACAUUGAUGCCCUUCACAAAGUGGAGCCCCCAGCUUGAGGAACGCUGAGAACUCCUUGUUCUGGUGGCUGAAGUGAUCGUCCCCUCCGUUGGGGCUAGAGGUAGCUGGCACAGUUUUUGGCCUGGGCUUCAGAAUCUUUCAGACAAUGUAUUCAUGGAGAAAGGUAACCUGAUGAAGCAUUAUGUCCACCUGACGUUCUUCUGUUGAUAUCAGAACAGUGUAAUAGGAUUGGAAAUUGUCCCUUAUUCUAUACUAGUGGGGGAUAUUACAUAAAUAUUGUACUUCCCUAGUCUAAAGCAGAGGCACAACCCUUGCCAUUAUUUUUUCUUUUUUGCAGAGACCUUACGAUCUUUUUUCUACAAAAUAAAUAGUUGGUUUAAA